UAUAGUUGGGCUGGGAUCCAAGAGACCAUACAUUUGAUUGGUUUACUUACAAUUUACAAAUACCCAAUUAAAAGAAAAAGAAGUGGUCAAAACACAAUGGAGAGAUGAGUAACGAUGCAGUCGGGUGCAUAGCAUUUGAGAAUUGAGAGGCUGACUAAUUCAAAGAAAGACUAGAUCAAUACAUACAUAAUUCUUAAAAAGUUAGUAUGUAAUUAUGUCUUAUUUGUGAUGUUGGGACAACACCCAACACGCUGAUUUCUUUUCCUCGCAUAACCGCGUAAAGUAGAAGUUAAAGUUUCAAGGGACAAAUUCAUCUAUAAAAUCCACCUUAAUUAAUUAUUCACCUUAAUUAUCCACAAGGAUUUAAUACAAAUGGAACAACUUCCACCUGGUUUUCGUUUCUACCCAACUGAAGAAGAGCUCAUCACCUUCUACCUCCAUAAUAAAUUCCAUAACCAAAGACCGGAGCUAGACCGUGUCAUCCCUUCCGUUGAUAUCUAUAACUUUGAGCCAUCCCAACUCCCAGGUUUAGCAGGGGAGCUAUGUCACGGGGACACCGAGCAAUGGUUCUUCUUUAUGCCCCAGCAGGAUAGAGAAGUGCGAGGAGGGAGGCCUAAUCGGACAACUGAUUCUGGUUUUUGGAAGGCCACCGGCUCACCAAGCUAUGUUUAUUCAUCACACAACAAAGUUUUAGGACUGAAGAAAACACUUGUUUUCUACAAGGGUAAAGCACCUACUGGCAGGAAAACCAAGUGGAAGAUGAAUGAAUAUAAGGCUAUCAAACAACAACACUUUCCGACUUCUAACGCCUCAUCCUCCACAACUACUAUUCCAGAGCUGAGGAAUGGGUGCAGCUUGUGCAGGGUUUACAUAACCUCAGGGUGUGCUCGGGCUUUCGAUCGUCGGCCACCAGGAACAAUCUCAAGUAACUUAAAUACACAAAAUGACUAUGCUCUUCAAGCAAACGAAGAAGCUUCACAAAAUGCUAGUAAUGUCACGAAAAUGUUAACGGAGAAAAGCGGCUCAACCGAUAGCUGUAACUCAGGGUGUGAUGAUCAGGGUCAGGGGACUGUCCACGAGGCUGCAGCUGGAAGCAGCUACAAUUCUGAGAUUGAGAUGACUGAAGAUGGUAUCUUCUGGGACUGGAAACAACUAGAUUGGUUAUAACUUGGAUUCUCAUUACCCAAUAUAUUGAAUCCAACAACUGAAUAAUAUGAUGGUUAUACUUUUUGCAUUCUUAUCAUAUGAAUCUCUUUUCUGACAGAAGAAUAUUGGACGGAAAAGGCCAGUAGAAAAACAUCAAAAUAAACAACUCAUUUCCUGCUAAACCUGAGUAUCCGACCCAGUUGCCAUAUAUUUCUACUCAUUAUACUACUGUUCAGCUGUUUGUCACUUUUUCUGUUAAAAUAAGGUCACGCCUAAGUGAAUGUAAUAGAUACUAUGGAUCUCGCUUCAGCUUCAGUUUACAGUUUACACCCACCAGACUAGCCGCCCUGGCCACCAAAAUGGAACUUCCGAGUACGGGUGGCCAUGUACAGAGAAACUCCCAAUCAGAGUAAACACAACUUUCUGGCCCUUUUCUACAAAGUUGCUCUAAAUGUUCCCAUGUACAGAUGACACAGCUAAAAGUAUGGAUGCCACUAUGCCAGUGAUCAAUCAAAUCCGUAAUUUGGAACAUUUACAUUCAAAAUAUUCUGUCAUCCUUCACAUAAUC